AUGUCUGAAAAAAUCCCCCUAUCCUUUGCGACCUGCUCCAUCUCAUCCUCGGACCCCGAUGAGAACACAUUACCUAGGAAUCUCGAAGCAAUCGCCGCCGCAGAGUUCUCCGCAGUUGAACUUGCAUUUCCCGAUCUCCAGAAGUUCGCAACGCAGCUUCUCCAUCGAGAUGUUGCUGCAGAUGACUACACCGAUCUUUGCACAGCAGCUCAGGAGGUCUCACUGAUGUGCCGCGCACUCGACAUCAGAGUGAUGAUGUUGCAGCCUUUUAGCAACUUUGAGGGGUGGGCAAGAGGAUCUAAAGAGCGAGAGGACGCUUUUGAAAGAGCAAAUGGUUGGAUCAGGAUUAUGGAGGCGUGCGGGACGGAUAUGCUGCAGCAACUAGCCGAUUUAUUGCGGCUACGCAAUAUGCGUCUCGCUUAUGAAAAUUGGUGCUGGUCCACACACGCUCCCACAUGGAAAGAUGUAUGGGACAUAGUCCAAGAAGUCAACAGGCCAAAUGUUGGGCUGUGUCUCGACACGUUUCAGACCGCCGGCAGUGAGUGGGCAGACCCGACAAAUGCAUCGGGACUUGUUGAAAAAGUGGAAGGAGGCGCAGAUAUCAACGAACAUCAGUUGGAUCAGAGGUUCAAGCAGAGUUUGGAUGAACUGGCGAAAACCGUACCGCCUGGCAAGAUCUAUCUCUUGCAGAUCUCCGACGCGUAUAAACCGCUACCCUCACCGCUGGAAAAGAGGGAAAUUGAUGGCAUGAGGCCUCGAGCACGGUGGAGUCAUGCAUUCCGCCCAUUCCCGUAUCAUGGUGGAUACUUGCCUAUUGAAGAUGUCACUAGAGCAGUGUUAGAGACAGGGUUUAGGGGCUGGUUUUCUAUGGAGGUCUUUGAUGGUGGCCUGAGGGGAGAAGUAGGCGGGUAUGGUAUGCGUGAGUACGCGAAGGAGGGGAAAAAGAGUAUGGAUGAGUUGAUUCGACGGUGCAUGCCAGUCUGA